AUGUCCUGGGAUUGCGUGGAUCGUUUCGUAUCAAGGAUAUUUUAUAAGUUAGGAAAAACAGUAGGUUGUGAACCUGGUUAUUUCGUUGUGGUUCCUCUACUCCUCGCUGGGAUAUUUGCUUCAGGAUUGCAAAGGAUCCAUUACGAGGAUGAUCCCGAGUACCUCUUUACCCCAACUAACGGGAGAUCCAAAGACGAAAGAAGAGUGGUCGAGAAUCUGUUCCCUAUGAACUCUUCCCUCAAUUUCGACCUCAGUCGCAUGACGCGCCCUGGCAAAUUUGGGAGGGUCAUAGCCGUUGCUAAAGACGGUGGGACGAUGCUAAGGAAUUCGGUUUUCGAGGAAGUCCUCGAACUGGACGAUCUUAUACAAAAUAUGAGCGUGUACUGGGACGACGAAGAAUGGCAUUACAAGCAAACAUGUGCCAAACAGAAUGGAAAAUGUUUCGAAAAUGGUAUACUAGAGAUCGCUGGUAGGAUAAGUGAGGUCGAAAACCGCACUCUGCUGCUGAAGUACCCUCUGAUGACCAACGACGAGACAUACAAAACUUAUUUCUUUGCUGGUAACAUAGGCGGAGUGGACGUGGACGAUAAUGGUUACGUCAAGUCUGCUUUCGCUAUUAAUUUAAUGUACUACCUGGAUACCAGCACGCCAAGAUCGGAAAGAAGAGCAGCAGCAUGGGAAGCAGCAUUCUUAGAAAUGGUAGAAUCUUUGGAAUUUGACAGAAUAGAAGUGGCUAUGUUCGUGUCGAAAACUCUAACGGAGGAACUGGAGAGAAAUACUCAAAGUGUGGUGCCAUUUUUUAGUUUAACUGUAGCCGUUAUGUUGAUCUUCUCUUUGAUAACUUGCACCAUGGCCGAUUGUGUUAGGAGCAAACCUUGGAUUGGUGUAUUGGGUUGUGUUUCCUCUACAAUUGCUGUCGGUGCUGCUUUUGGUCUCAUCGCCUAUUGUGGGUUGGAAUUUAUUGGAAUUAAUUUGGCAGCGCCUUUCCUGAUGCUAGGUAUCGGCAUGGACGAUACUUUUUUACUGCUAGCAGCAUGGAGACAGACUGACCCAACAAGCAGCGUUGAAGACAGAAUGGCUAAAACUUAUUCAGAAGCAGCAGUAUCAGUCACUAUCACUUCCUUAACUAAUUUUAUAUCCUUUUGUAUCGGAGCCAUAACACCUUUCCCUAGUGUACGAAUAUUUUGUAUAUAUACAGCAAUGGCUGUACUGUUUACGUAUGCCUUCCACUUGACAUUUUUUGGAGGAUGUCUGGCUUUCGGUGGAUAUAGAGAAAAAAAGAAUAUUCACUCGUUUGUCUGUCUGCCCGCUGUACCUAAAUCGUUAGCCAAAAAUCGAAACAUUCUCUUCCGACUAUUUUGCACUGGUGGAAGAAAUUCCGAAGAUCCGACAAAUCUAGAAGACAACAAAGAACAUGCCUUGAUGGUGUUUUUUCGUGAUUUUAUGGGAGAUUUUCUCGGUAGAAUGCCAGUUAAGAUCCUAGUUGUGAUCAUCUUCGCAGCGUAUCUUGGAGUAGGAAUAUGGGGAUGCUUGCAAGUUAGAGAAGGUCUAGAAAGGCAUAAACUUUCAAGAAGCGAUUCGUACUCCGUAACAUUCUACGAUCUUGAAGAUAAAUAUUUUCGUAAGUAUGCCUAUCGCAUCCAGGUCAUUGUGAACGCAACACUAGAUUAUUCUAAUCCCGAAACUCAGAGUGUCAUUGAGUCCAUGCUGCAGAGAUUCGAAGCCAGCCCAUACGUUGCCGAUAGCUCUUUAACCGAAUCGUGGCUCAGAGGAUUUUUAAAAUUUGCCAGCGACAAGAGGACUUCUCUUUUCCUGAAGGGUUUCAAUCUAACUAACAAUGUGGAUUUCAUUAGAUGCCUAAGAGAGGUUUUCUUUCGCUUCCCCACUGCAGAUUAUUUCGAGCAGGAUGUGGUAUUUAAUAAUGAUAUGACAGCAAUUACUGGAAGCAGGUUUAUCAUUCAAGCUGUUGAUAUACUUAAUGCCAAUGUGGAGAAAGACAUGGUGGUGGCAUUACGUAAUAUUGCCGAUAGUUUCCCAUUCCCCGUAACGGUUUUUCAACAAUAUUUCAUAUAUUUUGAUCAAUUUAUACUCGUUAGAGAGACUUCUAUUCAAUCAAUAUGCGUGGCUGUGGCAGUGAUGAUGGUAAUUUCUUUGGUGUUCAUACCUAAUGUCAAUUGUGCGGUGUGGGUAGCAUUUUCCAUUAUAUCUAUAGAAGUCGGCGUCAUUGGAUACAUGACUCUAUGGGGAGUCAAUCUGGAUUCAAUAUCUAUGAUUAAUCUAAUAAUGUGUAUUGGAUUCUCUGUUGAUUUUUCUGCUCACAUAUCUUACGCUUAUUUUUCAUCAGAAAACACAGCGCCAGAUGAGAGAGUGAAGAGUGCCUUACACUCUUUGGGACUACCCAUUUUUCAGGGAAGUAUCUCUACUAUAUUGGGUGUCAUUGCCUUAGCUUUUGCCCCUUCUUAUAUAUUUCUCACCUUCUUUAAAACUGUAUUCUUAGUUAUAUUAUUUGGUGCUCUUCAUGGAAUUUUGUUGCUCCCUGUGCUACUAUCAUUAUCGGACACAUGCUGCAGAAGGAAGGUAAAGAAAACUACUAAACAGAUCACGGCUCCUUACAUUAUUUCCACUAGCGAAGAGGGUAAGAAGGAAACAACCACAGCUGAAAAUGUCUGUAUACCUCGUCCUUCUUACACUUCUCCAACAGAAAUGGAAGAACGCAAAGCCAUGGCAGAUUCUCAGGAUAAAGACCUGGGUUUAGGAACAAGUGGUGAGGAAAGCAGUGAUGGCAGCUGGAAAUCUCCUAGCGAAGAUUUACCAAGACAACAGCUAGCAGUGGAAAUGUUUCGACACUACCUUCAUCCGUACCGUUACAGAAGUAGAGGAGAUUAUGCAAAUGCAGCUUACAUACACGACGAAGAAGCCGAUACGGUUUGGCAUUCUCGCCCCCAACUUGCACCGCAAAGAGCAUCGCGGGAUAGGAUUGCAAUUUAUCACGAGCAGCCGAAUCCACCCUAUCAAUUACGACCCUCAUCGUGGGCACACCCUCUUACACAAGAACGUCAUUACAGUGACUGGGAGUUACCACACAGGAGAGCACCUCCCAGAAACUGGACUGCACGUAGAGAAUAUUCGUCGCGACCUUAGUUGUUACUUUCAAAGCGAGAAUUUAAAUUUAUAAGACAAUGGCACUACUCGAUAACGAAACUGAGGUGCCAUGUUGUUUCUAGCCAACAGGAUUCGAACCAGGGAAAGCGAGUGUCUUUCUACAAAUCCAUGCGUUGAUUGGUGAAAUGUUUGUAUUUUGUGAUUUGACUCAAACUAAAUUCUAACACAUGGCUGACUGCCUAGAGUUUUUGGGAAUUUUAACCAUAACAAUAAUGGACUACAAGCCAGUUUUUCUGUUUAAUCUUUUUUUUUUUUUUUAAAAAAAAAAAUGUGCUGAUCUUCU